GAACCUCCGCGGCCAUGGCCGAUCACGCCGGUCGCCGCUGCUGCCUGGGCUGGGACUUCAGCACGCAGCAGGUAAAAGUUGUUGCUGUUGAUGCAGAGCUGAAUGUCUUCUAUGAGGACAGUGUGCAUUUUGACAGAGACCUUCUAGAAUUUGGGACUCAGGGUGGAGUUCAUGUUCACGAGGAUGGGCUGACAGUGACUUCUCCAGUCCUGAUGUGGGUCCAGGCUUUGGAUAUCAUCUUGGAGAAGAUGAAGGCUUCGGGCUUUGACUUCUCUCAAGUCCUCGCCUUGUCUGGGGCGGGCCAGCAACAUGGAAGCGUGUACUGGAAGGCUGGGGCCAGCCAGGUGCUGACAAGCUUGUCACCGGACCUCCUGUUGCAUGAGCAGCUGCAGGUAACCUGCUGUCUGGACAGAGGCUCAGGUGCUAACAGCCCACGUCACACUGGUCCCCUCCAGCCCAGCAGGACUCUGUGGCGAGUUCCCCCCUCAGGAAUCUCCCCCUGGGACGUGAUGCCUCCCGGUGAUGCUGGGAAGGCCUGUUUCUCCAUCAGUGACUGCCCGGUGUGGAUGGACUCCAGCACCACAGCCCAGUGCCGCCAGCUGGAGGCAACCGUGGGCGGGGCCCAGGCUCUCAGCUGCCUCACCGGGUCCCGCGCCUAUGAGCGAUUUACAGGAAACCAAAUUGCAAAGCUUUACCAGCAGAACCCCGAGGCCUAUGCACACACAGAGAGAAUUUCCUUGGUCAGUAGUUUUGCUGCUUCUCUGUUCCUUGGGUCUCACUCUCCUAUUGACUACAGUGACGGUUCUGGAAUGAAUUUGUUGCGGAUCCAGGACAAAGUCUGGUCGCAGGCUUGCCUUGGUGCCUGUGCACCUCAUUUAGAGGAGAAGCUCGGCCUGCCGGUGCCAUCAUGCUCGGUUGUGGGGGCCAUUUCUUCCUACUUCGUCCAGCGCUAUGGGUUUCCUCCAGCAUGCAAAGUGGUGGCCUUCACUGGGGACAACCCAGCGUCGCUGGCAGGCAUGAGGCUGGAGGAAGGUGACAUUGCGGUCAGCCUGGGCACCAGCGACACCCUAUUUCUCUGGCUCCAGGAGCCCAGGCCCACCCUGGAAGGCCACAUCUUCUGCAACCCGGUUGACCCCCAGCACUACAUGGCGCUCCUCUGCUUUAAAAACGGCUCCCUCAUGAGAGAGAAGAUACGCGAUGAGAUGGCUUCCAGUUCCUGGAGCGAGUUCUCCAAGGCGCUGCAGUCCACAGAGAUGGGGAACAGCGGAAACCUGGGUUUUUAUUUUGAUGUAAUGGAGAUCACCCCUGAAAUUAUUGGGCGUCAUAGGUUUAGUGCAGAAAACCAUGAGGUCUCAGCAUUCCCCUGGGACGUGGAGAUUCGAGCACUGAUCGAAGGACAGUUCAUGGCCAAGAAGAUUCAUGCCGAGGGCCUGGGCUAUCGAGUCAUGCCUAAGACAAAGAUUUUGGCCACUGGAGGAGCAUCUCACAACAGAGACAUCUUGCAGGUGCUGGCAGAUGUGUUUGGCACCCCAGUGUAUGUCAUAGACACAGCCAACUCAGCCUGUGUGGGCUCUGCUUACCGAGCUUUCCAUGGCCUUGCAGCUGGAACAGAUGUGCCCUUUUCAGAGGUUGUGAAGUUAGCUCCAAAUCCCAGAUUAGCUGCUGCCCCAACCCCGGGAGCGUCUCAGGUCUAUGAGGCCCUCCUCCAGCGGUAUGCCAUGCUUGAGCAGAGAAUCCUGACCCAGACCCGGGGGCCUCUGGAGUGAAUUCCACAGGCCCAGUCUCACUGAUUCCACUUGGAGACAUGGCCUUGGACAGCAGGGAUCCUCUUCCCUGUUCUAAGCAGCUCUGCCUGCCCACCUGA